CUUCAACGGGUAACACUUCACCAUUUUAAAAUCGAGAUGAAAAAAGCGGAUAUUUUUAAUGACGGGUAUUACAAACGGAAUAGAAUUUUGAUGACUUUUUUUGGAUUAUGGCCGGAAUAUCCCCAAAGUCAGAUGAUUUUUAUACAAUUUUGUGUACUGAUGUUGCUGCUGAGCAUAAUGUUACCGCAAUACGCAUUCAUCUGCAAAAUGUACAAAAAUAUAGAUGAGCUGACAGCUGGAUUAGUAGAAGACAUGAUUGUUAUGUUGGGCAUUACUUAUUAUUAUGUUUUUGCAACAAAUAUGGACUGGGUUCGUUUCACAAUAAAUAAUAUGCGCAAAGACUGGAAGACUAUGGAGAGAUCAUCAACCAUCAGAAUCAUGCACACGUAUGGUAAAAAAGGAUAUUCAACCACUACAUUCUAUCUAGUUAUGCUGUAUACUGCAACGUGUUUGUACAUUCUACUUCCUAUGCAAGCAAUAAUUUCAGAUGUGAUUACUGCUGCUAAUCAAUCCGAAUCGAAAUUACUAAUAGUGAAGGCUGAUUACAUGAUCUACGGAAUUAACAUAAAUAAUCAUUACGCAGCGAUGCUAAUUCAUCAACUCUUCGAAGCUGUGUUGCUGAUGAGUUUAAUAAUGACGAUUUCUACAUUUAUGCUGAUUGUUGUCGAACAUUGUUGUGGGUUAUUCGUGGCUGUUGGGGAAUUAUUGCAACACGUAAAGGGAGAAUUUUCUACAGAGCAACAGGAUAGAAUAAUUUUUGAGGCAGUGGAGGUACAUCAGCGGGCUCUAACAUGGGCGGAUUUCAUUGAGUCGUUAUCUACUGUUAUGUACGGGGUCUUAGUUUUGAUAAGCAUGAUAUCAAUCAGCAUCACAGGACUCCAACUAAUUAUUAGAUUUAACGAACCGACUGAAGCUGUAAGAUUCGUUGCGUGUAUUGGCGGUCAACUGGUUCACUUGCUCUUCAUCAGUAUACCAGGACAAGAAAUAUAUGAUCACAGUAUUCGAUUAUCGAUGGAAAUUUACAAUUGCAAUUGGUUCGAAGUAUCACCCAAAGCGAAAAAGUCGAUAUUAAUGAUGUUAAUGAAUAGUGCGAAGCCGGUGUAUCUGACAGCUGGAAAAUUUUACGUCCUCUCGCUCGAAAGUUAUGGGAAGGUAUUGAAGGCAUCGUUUUCCUUCUUGACGAUGAUGCGUUCGUCCCGUUGAAGCUUCAUCUCCAGCCAUUUCUGCAUUCUCCGUCUCAUUACAUCUGUACAAAAAUUUGCCUCAAGGCAAACGCGAAUGCAAUUUAUUAUUUAUUAAAACGACACCGACUGAGGAAUAUGAAUGUAUUGCAGGAAAUGUACACACAUGUUGGUCAAUUGACGAAAUGAAAUCAGAGAGACAAACAGUCUAAAGAUGGACUGACUUAUUUUUUUUUUUAC